AUGGCCGAUUCCGUGGCAGGCCGACCAUUCAAAAAGGUCCUCAUUGUUGGCGCCGGUCCUUCGGGCCUUCUCCUCGCCGUACUGCUGUCCCAGCACGGCAUCCCCGUCCACAUUGUCGAGGCGUCCCACGAGCUCGACCAGCAGCCGCGCGCGGCACACUACGGCCCGCCGGCAAUUCCGGAGCUGGCGCGCGCCGGCAUCAUGGACAUUCUCGAGCAGAACGGCGGCAUGCGCCUCAACUCCAUGUACUGGCGCCGGUUUACCGACCACACGCAGAUUGCGGGCUUUGACGGCAGCGUGCUCCGGGAUGCGGGCGAUGCGGCGACGACGGUGACGACGGACCUGCGCACGGCGUGUCUGCCGAUGCAGGACCUGGACGCGCUGCUGCUGGACAUGUUUGUGAGCAAGUACCGGGGGCAGGUCAGCUGGCGGCACCGCGUGACCAAGGUCGACCAGGACGCAACAUCGGCGUGGGCCGAGGUGGAGGUGCUGGCCGGCGAUCUCGACCCGGCCCACGCCACGGUGGCCGAGACGGUGCGCAUCGCGGCCGACUACGUCGUGGGCUGCGACGGCGCCAACAGCAUUGUGCGCAAGAGUCUCUUUGGCAGCGAGUACCCGGGCACGACGUGGGACGCCCAGAUCAUUGCGACCAACACGUACUACGAUUUUGGCGGCAAGUUUGGCUUUGACGACGCCAACUUUAUCAUCCACCCGGAGCACUUUUUUAUGGCCGCCAAAAUCACCGCCGACGGCCUGUACCGUGUCACGUACGGCGAGACGCCCGGCCUCACGCGCGCGCAGUACCUCGCGCGCCAGGCCUGGAAGUUUGCGACCAUGCUGCCGGGCCACCCGGCGCCCCACGAGUACAAGACGAUCAAUUUCGCCCCCUACAAGAUGCACCAGCGCUGCGCGCCCCGGUUCCGCGUCGGCCGCGUGCUGCUGGCCGCCGACGCCGCGCACCUCUGCAACCCCUGGGGCGGGCUCGGCAUCACGGGCGGCUUUGUCGACGUCGGCGGCCUCACCGACUGUCUGGUCGGCAUCUGGGACGGGCGCGCCGACGCGUCGAUUUUGGACGUCUACAGCGAGAAGCGCAUCGAGAAGUGGAAGACCAUCAUCGACCCCAUCUCGUCGGAGAACUUUCGGCGCGUGUCCGACGCCGAUCCGGCCACGCGUCUCGAACGGGACGAGUUUAUGCAGAUCCUCGCCAAGGUGGACGGCGACGCGGAGGCGACCAAGGCGAUUCUCAAAGGCGCCCUGGACGUGCGGUACGACUUUACCCAGCACUACACAAAAUGA